CUUUGCUCCGGUUGCUUUUGUAGAAAGCUCAAAGUUUAACUGGGUAUUCACGGUGUUUAAUAUGCUGAAUGGUGUGUCCUUUGUAUCAGUUAAUUACCAGAUGCCAAUGCUAAAGAAUGGAAAUACAACUGAGUAUUUGACAAGGAACUGGUCGGGUUUUGCAUACAAGAGACAGGCUGUUUGCAAAGUCUGGGGACAGCAUGGUUUUAUUGCGUACGCUGCAACAUUUGUGACUUGCGUUAUCGAAGCAACGUCCAUAUAAAAACAAUUGGAGGUGAAGACGUGUGACCAUAAUUCAAUUAAGACUCAGGCCUGUUUUUCCAAUAAUUUGGCUAUUUGUAGCAAAAAAUGUCAUUGAUUUGACAAUCGCUGAUUAAUGUUUGGUGAGACUACUUUCUCGGUGUGUGUCUGUGACUCUUUGCUCCCCUUGUAGUAGGCCAGUGCUGCAAUCAAAAGCGGAGAUACUGUUUGUAUAAACUGUUAAAAAGACAUGGCAGCCACUUCUCCAAGACCCUAUGAUUGGGAUGCAGUCCUAGCAUACAGUUCUGCAGCAAUGAGUUUAUCAGAACAAGAUGUUGAAGAACUACGAAGCGAGAGAAGCAUAAAAAGCACUAAGACAAAAGAGGAAAUAGAAAGACUAACUGUUGAUGAAAGCUUAAAUCUCCUGGAAAGAUCACUGUAUCUUAUCAGGACUGGUCAAGAUGUCCAAAAAGUUAAUGCAGUUGAAAAUCUAAAAGUACUUCUUUUGGAAUACAAGAAUGAUACAAUCAGCAAAUUUAUUUCUUGCAUCCAAGAAUCACUUUGGAAUGGAAAGGAGGAGCUACAUAUUGUUGCUUCAAGGGUUUUUUGUGAUAUUGCUGAAAGCCAAGUUCUUACUGGUUCUCUUUAUGCAAAGACACUGCUACCAAUUAUUUUAGAAAAUAUCCACAAUGAAAAUUUUGGUGUGGCUGAUGCCUGGCGCGAUGCCCUUCUCACAUCCCUUUCUUUUCUUCCCUCUGAAACCAUUAACACAACCAUCUUAGACUUAGCAAGAUCAAUGGGAACGUUAGCCCAAACUGUUCAUUCAAGACUGGCGUGCUGUAAUUUAAUGGGAAAGUUAGCAAUCAAUUUAGAUCAAAUGAGCGUCAAACGAGAUAUGCUCAAGUUGGUAACUGCAUUGUGUCAAGAUGUGGAAAUGGAAGUUAGGGCUGCAAUGUGUGCAGAGCUGGACUCUGUGGCACGUGGAGUUGGACUCGAGCUUACAAGGACCUUAAUAUUACCUGAACUGGUUGAACUAACCAAAGACGAACAGUUAAUUGUCAGACAAGCUGGAAUCCAGACAGUCUCUAAUAUUCUCAGUCUUCUUGAUGAUGAUUCCUGUACGGACAUAAUGAUUCCUCUAGUGAAAAACUAUUGUCAGAAGGUCCUGGAAACAAAGAAUGAAGACGAGACAUUGACCAUAGCAAAGCAUAUUGGAAAGCUGUGUUAUGGCUUAUCAAUAAACUUAACACCUGACCAGAGAGCGACAUUUCUUGAUAAUUACAAGCAACUAUGUGAUCUUGGCGACCCAGGAAGCACACCAAGACAGCCUGCUAGCCCUAGAAGAAAGCCGUUUAAUAUCAAAGGCGCCUGUAUCUUGGAAGACAGAAAGGCGGAAUGCAGACGAUGGUGUGCUUACAAUUUCCCAGCAAUGCUGUUAUUUGCCGGUGCGGACAACUUUUCAGAAACAUUACUGCCCACGUUCCAACACAUGGUCAAUGACCCACAUGCUUUCGUGCGAAGAACCAUUGCUUGUGGUUUGCAUGAAGUUUGCAAAAUUCUUGGCUCAAAAGUUGGUCUUAUUCAAACGGAAAUAAAAAUUUUGCUUCAGGAUGAUGCAGUCGAGGUAUUGGAUGGCCUUAUACCACAUCUUCCAGCAACUUUAGAAACUUUAACAAGAGAAGGAGCCAAUGCAGGACCGACAACUGUCGUGAUUGCGGACUUUAUUACCGCCCUGCUUAAUUGUGAGCUUUCAAUUUCACUAUCCAGCAACUGGAGACUCCACGUUGAGUUCCUGACCAGCUUAGUCUGUCUUCCAAACUGCUUGUCAUCAGAUCAAAUUUAUUACAAAUUUGUUCCUGUACUUUUCAGGCUUCUAUCUUCAAACCGUGUUAUUCCUGUAAAAAAAGCUGCUGGGAGAACACUAUGUGCAUUUAUAAAGAAUAAUAAAAGAACAGAUCAACGAAAUGAGUUAUGUAAAAGAAUAAUUCAAGAGCUUAGCAAGGGUAACAAUUACAAAGCAAGAUUAGAAUUUUUGGACAUAUGUGAAAAUAUAAUGGAAUUUUUUUCAAAAUCGUUUUUCAAAGAGCAUUUCUUUGACGAAGUAUUGCAACUUGGAAAGGAUCCAGUUGUGAAUGUACGUUUAAAAGUUUGCCGGAUAUUGCCAGCAUUGAAAUCCCAAAUACGUUUACCCGGAGAUCGCUUAUUAUUACAAAAUUUAGAGCAGAAUGUUAGGCAGCUCAUGGCGUUAGAGACUGAUAGAGACGUUUCAAAUGCUAUACGAAGGGCUGUUAUAGAAAUGGACAGAAUACACCUUUCUCGUGAUUCUUCGAGUUCAGAAAAUAUGAGAGAAGAAGAUCUAGUGGAUAGGAAAAAAGAGGAGCAAGAAAGGCAAAUUGUAGAGGAUGAGCGUAAACAUGAAAACAUUGUCAACAGAAUCGCUUCAAGCCAAGCAAACUCAGCAAGCAACCAUAAAAAGAUUAACUCGGCAAGCUCAUCGUCUAAAGACAUCACCAAAAAAGCCAUUUCUAAGAACAUUGGAAAGGUGAAAGAACUGGAUUCGAAAAAGAACAGCAGCAAAUCUGAUGGCAGUAUUAGCAUAGGAUCAACUUCAUCGACAGGCAAAGCGCUAGUAUCGCGGCAGCCCUCAAACCCAAUUAGUGUGUCGAGAGCUCAAAGCUUUACUUCUGGUGACGCGAGACAAAAAGGAAGUGUUGGUCAUAGAGCAUCUGUGCCAACAGUUAAAAUAACGCCUGGAAAAACAGCAAAAACGUCAUCUGUCGACUCUCGUUUCUCAACAACAAAGAAAACAGUUUCCUUGCAAAGCCACUCUAAGAGGACAUAGAGAAAAAGACUUUUUUCGCUGUUCAAUUAACCCUGUAGUUCUGUUCAGUGCAAAAUUGGUAUGCACGACUCGUAGAGUAUUAUGCAGAGGUAUAAACUGGCUAAUAAAUGAAGUGUCUGGUUCUAUUUCAUUUCAUUUCAGAAACAAACAAGAUCAAUUUUGCGUUUCACAGCCAUUAAAGUAUCAUUUUAUCAAAUCUGUUUGCCAUAGUCAAGUCUGAUGGGUAUAAGUAAAUGAAGGAUAUUUCUAAGUAUUUUCAAUCUUAACUCGAAGAACGCAGACACAAAAUCAAACAGAAGAAAAGAGUAAUUUAUUUCCCAGUUAUAAAGUGUAAAUGAUGAUUUAGUUACAAACGGUUCAUGUUCAGUUAAACUACAUGGAACUCGUUCCUUCUAGCCUGUUGAUGCACUGAUUUGUAGCUAUUAUCCCAUUCACCAUUUACUGACCCUAAGUAAGUCUCUCGUGUUUUGAAGCCAGGUUUUAAGUUUACUUUUUUAUAUGAGUUAUGUCAACGUUUUGGUGGGCAUUGAUGCUGUUAGCGCCACUGGUGGCAGAAUAAGGGCCAAUACAAGUUGCUUUUGGCAAUGGGAACUUCAAUUUAUAUUCUUUUGAAUUUUUCAAUAUAGUUGAACCAUAUGAAUCUGCCAGACGCAAUGGCAAUAUGAAUAUCAUACCUUGGCACCUCAAGGCGUCUUUUUGUAUUAUGAACUCACAAAUACAAUCUUAUGGUUUAAAGUGGUUCAAAUACCCAUUAUUGUUCUUCCCAGAUUCCACGCCAGUGGUUUUCCUACUUACUUGAAAUGCGUUCAUUUCUUGCAUGUUUUCUAGAUAGGCAAUUUUAUGAGUUCAGCAGACUAUGUGAAUUUUGAAUUAAAAUAUUGCGUGUAAAUAUGUGCAGAGUGUUACCUGUUUGAUUAUUGGAUAAUGAAUGUUAACAUUAUUUUGUAAUUAUGAAGAAACAACAAGUUAUUUAUUUGAUAUAUGUCAGAUUAGCUGUAAUUUAUAAAAUACUCGGAA